UGUUUGUUUUAUUGAAUAAUGUAAGUACUAGACAGCCUGAUCCACACUCCAUACCAGUUGAUGGCGGUAAUGCACUAAUUCGUUGUUUGUAUAUAAAUAAAACCUCGAAGAAGAAGAAGGCAAAGGAGAGACGGAGCGUUCACACAGCCCCCGACCGCGAUACCUUGAGAGAAGUUUGAAUCGCCUGUGUGUUUUAUUUUGGCCUAAACUGGGAGUAAGAAACUAAUACUGACGUCUAAAAACAUCUCGAAACAAAACUGUGACUGCGGAAAAUUCCUCCAGAAUAAUUGUGCGUCGCUAUUUUGGUCUCGCUCGCGGUCAAAGUGAGCAAAACUGAGAGAGCAGUGCUGUCAUAUGCAGAGUUACGGCUGCAUGAGUGAGCGACCAUGAGUAUAGAUGAUGACCUGUCUGAGUGGCCCCCAAGUUUGCACAACGAGGACGAGGCUCUGGCCGUAGAAAGCGCCAUCAGGGCGGCUAUAAACACCGCGAUGAACGUGAUCCGCAGCGCGUGCAGCCGCAGAGUGCGCGAGUACCAGAGUAUGGUGGCCGACAGGGACAGAGAGAUCGGGAGACUGGAGGAGAAAUUGGAGGAAAGUGACAGUGAGGUGAGGCUGUUGAGUCUGGAGUUGGACUGGAGGCAUACUGAGGAUGAACUCUCCGGUCCGAUCACGUCCAAUGCGAGGGAGAUAAACCAUGGCGAGCACGCCAACAGCUCUAAUAACAGAAGUGUAGGUGCAGCACCACCCAUGCAAAUUUCCCCAAAGUACCAUGACACAGUCGAGGCAUUUCCCCACCAACAUAACCAGACGGAGAAACCUUCAUGGGAGGGUGGAGGAGCAGCUGGAGACCAGCCCUUUGGCUGCAUCGCCUCCCUGGUUAAAGAGGAAUCUUCUGACUUGGAGACGGACAUUAAAUGGGAAGCGUGUGAGGGGAGUUUGCUGGAUCAGCAGGAGGGUCAAUAUGGAGCCAUGGAGGAAAACAUAGCCAGUCUUAUCAAAGAAGCGCUAUCAAGAACCACACCAGCGACACUGCAACCAAUGGUGGAUGCCUUCCAAGACGUUGGGGUGGAAGCGGUUGACAGUACGAAGCCUAUCCAGAUGAAUGACCUCACAGGCGUACUCGAACCCAUUCAAACACACGUAAAAGGUGUCUUUUCAGCUCAGAGCGACGCAAGCCACUCAAACAUGGAGGAGGAUUUCCCCCGCUCACCCCAAACUCUUGUGGAAACACUCCAGGUCACCACAAGACGAAGCAGACCCUCUUCUUCUCGAAGCUCACUUGGUAGCCUCAUCUCCUCUCCAUCUAAUCGUGAGUGCUCUAGUUCCUGUAGACAACUGGGCAAUGACUGGCACUACCGUUUUCAAGUCCCUUGGAACGUGCUGCCAGCUAUUUUGAGGAAGAAAUUAGACAAUCAGGAGCGGCCAACCGCCAAGGAAAGGAGGGAAACGAUUCGCAUUAUUGCUGCUAAAAUCCUUUCUAUUUGCAAAAACCCGUUAAAGCGGCACCUUGUAGAAGUUGCACGGAAGAUGGUCCUCGCGUAUCCAACGUCUUUCAGAGACAUAAUGGAAGAUGAGGUCGUUGGAAGUGGAUAUGAUUCUUUAACAAAACAACUUCAGUGCAGAGUUGAUAACUGCAACCGAAAGAAGACGCUGGGAAUGCAGAAAAGCACUCCAGGGGACAGCAGCACUGUGGCAAAAGAUAGGAAGCGACGGAGGGACUCCUACGGCUGUAUUCAGUGGGAAUCUGGGCCUGUGAAUGUGGAAGCACAGAUGAAGAAGAAAAGAGGCAUGCAAAGAAUGUUCCUGGAGAAUGAGAGGAAUGCAAAAAGAAUAGAACAGUUAAUGUCAGACACUUUUGUAUCUCAGAGAAAUGACAUAAGGUCUGGUAAGGACACGCGUGCCCUUAAGAAGGAAUGGCCCUACCUAUUCUCGCUGGUCGGCAUGAAGACACACUUUAAGAUUUUAACUGGCGUCGACAUCGACGAGGGAUUUGAGGAGGCCAUGGCCACGAAAUUUGCCAGAGUCCUUGACUAUUUUCAGUCAAGCGGAGCUGCGAGACAGAGGGCAGAACUCCUAGCUGGUGGUGGUGGACCCUGCGGAGCGGUGCUAAUGCUACUGUCACACUUCAAAGAGGAUUUUGCAAGAAUGUUCCACAUGUCGGACAAAACCUGGAUCACAGAUGAGGUUCGAACAGAACGCCUGCCGCCCACACCAUGCAUUGUUGCAUGUGGAGCGAGUCCAAUGCCUGCAGCAGCUUUCAUGGUGGCCGUGGACCAGGAGGUGAUAAUAGAAGACUUGGCGAGCUUCACCGACGCACUGGUGGGCAUGUUCGUCUGUUACUACGUCUUCAACCUGCAGUACCCAGCGGAACUCGGGGCCACGAUGGAGUUUCUUCAAAGGUGCAUCUUCAAGAUCAAUCCCGACAAGGGCUCCAAAGUAGAGCAUCGGGAAAACAAGAGGAGCAAUGCGGUGAACCCGAAGGUUCUGACCCUCAUAACCCGCAUUUCGGACUUUGAGUGGAGUGCUUAAUGGGAGCAUAAUGUCCAUGGGAGCAGCAGUUCCUCUGCAAGAGAUCCAGACAGAAGGGAACUGCCAUCCUGUCCCCCAAAGUUUCUGAAGGUUUCGAUAGUUUCAGGUCUCACAAACACCAAAAGUAAGUUGAUGUCUUGUUAGACCUCCAAAUGCUGAUUUGUUUAAGAAUUCUACAUGAUAUACACGGUAAACAAGAUAUUAUCUGUUUAAAAAAUGUUAACACUGCAAUUUUGAUACU